UGCAUGUUGACAUUCCACUCAACUUCUGGGUUGAGUGUUACUAAAGGGACGAGGAAGACGUGGCAUAAGCGAUGAUGCGGCAACAGUUCCCUGAAGCCAGUUUCCGAGCUUUCGAUCCUCAAUAAUAGGGCAACUAGUGUGUAUAAGGGAAAUGGGAGAAGGGAAUAUGCAUGCACGUCCGUUGAUGUGCCAAACCCCGCUGGUUCGCCUACACCUAUGUGGACAUCCCGACUACCAGGUCCCUUCCGUAUCCACUGAUGUCCCUUCAAGAGAAAGGAGGGGUGGUGAAUUGGUCGAAAUGGAGCCGCUCGCUCGCGUACUUGUAUAAAAUACUUGGUAACAGGGCCAUGGUUAUAUUAGUCGGAGGCCCUUCUUGGAUGAAGUAGAGCGAGCGCACUAUUCCUUUUGGUACGGACAAUAAUAACGAUCAUUGGAAUUGCCUGCCAACAUGAAUUCAUCCCACCACACUUACUCUAACGAUAUCCACGAAAUGCCCGUAUCAAUGGGCAGUGAUUUUGCUAGUAUCAUGUCGGCACCGGGGGUCUAUAAGCACCAUGAAGCAUAUAGCGACGAGCGGUCGCCUACUCUCUUGGAGGAACCGUCCAGUCCUAAAAGCAUAAACAGACCUUGCUUACUGCAAAAGGGCGUAAUAGAAAAAUGCUAUAAGAGUCGUUUUUAUAGCAGGGCUGUCGAGUUCUAUCUCCUCGAAAACGACCCCACGUCGUUUAAAAAUUGCCGCUGUCUCAUGGAAAAUUGCCCGCAACGCAGUUUCACCGACGCCAGAUAUAUGUUACUGCACCUAAAGGAUUGUAAAUACUUCUCGCAAGGGAUUUAUCGAUGUCCAACAUGCAACGACGCCGAAAAAUUCCAAACAACCUCCAACAAGAAGUGCUCGUGGGAUCGGCCAAACAUGAGACAAAGACUCCAAAAUACAUUCAAGGCUACGGUAGAUACAGUCAAGGGUAUCGUCAGUCCUCGGUCAAUCUCGAGGAUUCCCUUUAGACAUUGUAAAGAAUGUGGUCAGACAGUAGCGCAUAAAGAAGAUCCGUCCCAAUGGCCCGGAGUAGGUGGCAGUCGAUGCUCGACUAGUCCCAUUUUCGACCCUGACGAAAUCCGGAUACCACUAGAGAUGAAUGAUACGCAAGUAAGAGGAGAACUCAUGGCGGAUACACCACUGGUUGAACUACAAGCAGCAUCUUUACCUUUGGACCAUAGGGAUGCGGCGUUAGAUCAUUUUAAUCACGGCGAGGUUUCUGAUUACUCCUGCAUUGUUUCGAACUGUUCUUCUUCUUCUCCCAAUCCGCUCAUUGAGCUAUCUUCUGUUAGCCCAUCUAUGACCCGUUCUGCCGAUGUGUCGCCAACAACCUCUGCUGAGUCUUCAUUGUCAGCUUCCAGAAAUGACUCCGAACAUCAAUGUCUACCAGCAGAUAGUCAGUUCAUUGAAUUUCGAGAGAGAGCUCUCAACACAGAAGCAAUACCCAACACCGGUAAUCAUAUGAACCAAGCCUACAAUACCUGGCAGCCGUCCUCCUUAACACAAUUAUACAACGCUCCACCCAGCCAUCUGUCCAUGCCUCCGAUACCUCGCGAUCAAAGAGGAUUUCGCGAAUCACGAGGCUAUUCCCUAACUAUCCAGACAAAUCAUUUGGAACCCGCUCUGAACCCUCCACUUUGGGGGGGUGUAGUGUGUCACAAUGCUAGCAAUCCAGAAGCUAUGAAUAUUGUAGAUUCAUCAGCCCUCGGGAAUAUGCCACCACCUAUGUCCUCGACGGGUAUUCCAUCAUUUUCGAACAUUGACGUAUCCACUGGCAUUGGGAGAAGAGAUGCCCUCCUCAAUGUCACGCUCUCUGACAGUCUUUUCUCCCCAGACUCAGCAAUUCCGUCUUCAAGCACCGAACAAUCGCCAAGUUCGGCAUUGUCAGACUUGUCAAAUGAAAGCCAUCAGUGUCCCCAUUGCGACUAUAGGCCUACGGGCAAGAAAGAAAAUGCUAGAGCGUAUCUCAAUAAGCACAUGUCUACCCACGGGAGCCCUAGUUACAAGUGCGAGUACUGCGAAAGAGUCUACAGUCGACCAGACAAUCGAGGCGUCCAUGUCCGUAAACAUCACAGGUCCCAAGAUGAUUGUAGGAAAAGGCGCAAGGAAUCUGAUAGUUCCGAGUCAGAAGACCAUAGGAGGAAGAGAGUUCUAUAUGACGAAUCGGGCCAGGAAUACUUUUAA